AUGAUCGAACCCCGAGAAGAGGAGCAGAUGACGACACCCCAAGACUAUGAGAGGAGCGGUGACUACCACGACUUGAAGGCUUCGAGGAGAGAUGGGGAGAUGAGAGGAGUGGCAAUUGACGAAGAGGAAGAGAAGGGGGCGACCGAAGGAGAGGGAGGGGGGGGGGUGGGGGGGGGGGACUGGGGGGGGCCUUUUUUUUACUGGGCUUGGGGGGGGGGGAACUUUUUCCUGGGGAGGGGGGCACCAGGGAAAAAAAAACUGGCCCCUUCUUUUGCACUGGGGGGGGGUGGGGAUCUGAGGGGACAGCACAAGUGUGGGGGGGGGGGGACUGUAAAUACAUUCCUUUUUGUUGGGGGGGGGGGGGGGGGGGUGGGGGGGGGGACUCUGGGGGAGGAGGGGCCCCCCCUACCCCAGGGGGGGGACGGGGGGGGGGGGAAACUUUUCCCUGCUUGGGGGGGGGAAACUUUUCUGAAGGGGAGCACACCAGGGGGGUGGGUGGGGGACUGGCCCUUCUAG